GAUCUGGAGAGACCUACAUUUCUUCUUCGAGUGGCGUUCUUUUUUUGGUUUAUUUGAUUUAAUUUACAAGAAAAACACCGAAAAACCUUAUUAUAAAUAUGUUUACAGUUCUAAAAAGAUGUUCAGCAAACAAAUAAAACAUCCGUGUUGUGUUAUCAAAUGAAGUUUCAUCAUAAAAUCGUUGAAAAAGCCGAAAAAUAGUGAAUUUUGUUUUUGGGCCAAAAAUUUGGUGUCUGAAAAGCUGAGAAGAAAAGAAAACACGACGGAACGGAACGGCACGCACGCCACUUCACUUGGUUAACAAAAACAAAGAAAAUUAUCUGCCUGUCCCCGCUGUUGUGAAUCAAUGAGUGAAGUGGAAUAAUCAUGGAAAAUUUGAAAAUAAGUGAAAAUUUAUUUACAAAUAUACGAUAUUUUGUUGUGGGCAAUUUGGAAGAUGAGAUUGACCAAUUGCUCAAAAAUGGUGGCGCCCAGAAAAAAUCCUUCCUCACCGAUAUGGUCACCCAUUUAAUAUGUGCUCCCAAUUAUCAUGAAGAUGAAUUGGCUAUGAACUUGGAUCUGUAUACGGUCAUCCCAGUGACAGAACAAUGGGUGUUGCACAGCGUUAAGCUGGGACGUUUGGCUUCCACAGCGGCAUUUGAUCCCAGCGUUAAUCGUUUAAUGAAAAACAUUUCCGUGGCCAUUGUCAAUGUCUCGGCCAGUGAUCGUAAACGUUUGUACGCCAUGCUGACGUAUAAUGGAGCCCAGGUGACGGCAAAUUUUAAUGGAAACAAUAGUCACUUAAUUGCUGGCAUGGCUGGGGGUCCAGUCUAUACGAAAGCCAUUGCCCUACCCAAAAGUGCCAUAAGCAUUGUUACACCCGAUUGGGUUGUGGAUUGUUUGAAACAAAAGAAAUUAUUAGCAUGUGAUGGCUAUCAUCCGCGUCUUCUCAAAAUAGUGGAGAAACCAAAAUUACCUCAAAUAGCAGCACCGGCAGCAGCGUCCAAUGCCGCCGCAGCAACAUCCAGUGGAAAUAAUAGCCGACUUUCAUCUGGACCAACAACACCCACCCAGUCCCAGCCGCCUACUGUGACAUCAGCAUCGCCUGUUGCCAAUAUUCCGCCUCCAGUUUCCACCCAGCAGCCCCAACCUCCUCCGCCUCCUUCUACCACCACUAGCACCACUGUGGUGCCCCAGUCUGUGGAACAAUCCUUAUCCAAUAUUUUGGGUUUUGAUGAUGACACCCUAAUAGACAAGGUCAGUGAAUCGCCUUCCCUGUCCUCCCUAGAUGCUGCCCAAAGUAUAGCCAAUAUAAAAUCGCAACUGCAGGCAGCAGCUGUACAAAUAACUGCCGCCGCUGCAAAAGACAAUAACAAGACUGCCCUAACUCAACAACCACAACAACAACACCAACAAUCACAACCAACCAAUGUCCUUACCUCCAGCUCACCGGUGACAGGAACAUCGGCAGCAACUACCUCAUCUUCCACACCGACAACACCAAAAAGUGGGGCCACAUCACCUUUUGGGGGUAAUCACUCCAUGGAUCAUUCGCUGGCAACGACCAAUUUACAAUUACAACAACAACAACAACAGCAACCACAAUCACAGCCGCCACCACCACCUCCGCCAGCUCCUUCACCGCAGCAACAGGCUCAACAAUCGCAAAUUGUUUUCGUAAGGCCACGUAAUGUUAGCCAACAACAAAUUCUGCAACAACAACAACAACAUCAUCUCAUUCAAGCAUCACAAGUCUCCCAAACGGGUACGACAACAACAACAAGUGCAAUUACCACGGCCGGUGGACAGCCACAACCAAUUAUUCUGCAACAAAAAAUUAUACCAAAUGUUAGCUUACAACAACAACAACAACAACAGCAGCAACAGGUGCAUCCGCAACAACAACAAUUGCAGCAACUCCAAUCCCCCAAUCAGGGCCAGGGCCAACAACAGCAACAAUUUAUGCCCCAGCCUCCACGUACACCCACCUCAACAAAUCCCGACUCCAGAACUCCUACACCCACGGGUACACCACAGCCGCCUAGGACACCCCAGCCUCUAAGUGGUCGACAAACACCUCAGGCUCCACGCACCCCCCAACCAUCGACCACACCACAGCCGGGUCAAUCGCCUCAGCAUAUCUCCCAAAUUCAAAUGUCGCCCUCAACGGCUGGUCCGCAGUCCAUGGCAGCCACUUCUGCUGGACAAACGAUUCAGCAACCAAGUCCGCAGCAGCAGCCGCAACAGCAGACCAUUACCAUGUCACCCCAGAUGAUGCAUCAGCACAUUUUGAGGCAACAACAAAUGGUGCAACAACAGCUAAUGCAAUUACAACAACACAUACAAAGUGGCCAGACUUUGACACCCAAUCAGCAGGCACUGCAGCGACAACUACAACAACAGCAACAACAAUUGCAGCAACAACAGCAACAGUUGCAGCAGCAACUUCAAUUGCAACAAGCUCAGCAGCAGGCUCAACAACAGCAGCAGCAGCAGCAGCAACAACAACAAAUGCAAAUGCAACAACAGUCGCCACGAAUGCAGCAAAAUCCAUCACCUCGUCAGCUACAAUCUCCUGCACCUCAAAUGACUCCCCCACCACCUCCUCAAUCACCAGGAAUGGCCGGACCACAACAACAGCUGCGCCAGCAAUUACAGCAAGUCCGACAAUCCCAGCAGCAGCAGCAGCAACAACAACAGAGGCAACAACAACAAUCUCCCCAGCACAUGAUGUCGCCACAGCCAUUCCAGCAACCUCAGCGGGUGCAAUUGCAAAUGCAACAAAUGCAGCAGCAACAGCAACAACAACAGCAGCAGCAGCAAUCUCCUCAGCAUAGGGCUUCUCCCGCACCACCCUCACCAAUAAUGCAACAGCAACAAUCGAAAAUGCAAAUUUCCAAUCAUAAGCCCAUAGAUCCCACAGAUCCGGUUCAAGUGGCUCAGAUUCUAAGUCGUUCCGCACCUAGUCCCAAUCAUGAGUCCCUUAUUAUGAGGACCCAACAACUGAAGCAGCAGCAGUUGCAGCAGCAGCAACAACAACAAUUACAGCAGCAGCAACAAGCCCAGACUCAACAGCAGCAGCAGCAAGCCCAGACUCAGCAACCCUCUCCCCAGCAGGCUCAACCUCAACCCCAACAACAGCCAUUGUUGGGCAAUUCCAAUAACCCAACGGUUGGAGGGGUUACUGGCCAAAGGCAGGUCAUAAACACGGCCACAGCCCAGGGACAACAAAUCAUACAAAGCCACAUGGUUACAGUGCAACAACAGAAACAACAAAUGUUACAAUUGCAACAACAACAACAGCAACAGCAGCCACAGCAACAACAAAUUUUGCAGCAAAAAACUGGAAUGGUAUCACCCCAGCAUCUGCAACAGCAGUCGGCGGGUGGACAGCAAAAUAUGAUUGGUAAUCAGCAGCAGCAACAACAACAAUUACAAUCUCAAUUACAACAACAACAAGUUGUGCAGCAACAACAAGUUGUACAACAACAAGUGGUCCAACAAUCCCCUAAUCAGCAGCAGCAGCAGCCGCAGAUGCAAUUUGUGGGUACCUCACCGCAGCAACAAGAGCAAAGACAGCAGCAAAUUCUUAUGCAACAACAGCAACAACAACAAUUAUUACAAAAUCAACAACAACAACAGCAGCCCCAUUCGCAAACAUCUCAGGCGGGUGGGGUGCGAAUUAUUCAACAGACAAUACAACCGGCACCGGGCACAACUUUCCAAACCGCCACCCCCCAACAACAGCAACAAAUUUUACAACAAAGGCAGGUCCAAUUGCAGCAGCAGCAGCAACAACAACAACAACUUCAAAAUACUCAACAACAACAGGUGGCAGGGGGGGGACAAUUGCAACAGGUCCUUAGUACCACUGGUGGAAAUACAAAUAUUGCAGCUCCGGCCGCUCCCCCACCGGGUACUCCAAAUAAACCGAAAUAUAUUAUCAGUCAACAACAAUUCAAUCAAUUAAGUUUGCAACAACAACAACAAAUACUACAACAAAACCAACAAAAUCAGAAUUUCUUUAUUGUCAAUCAGACGAAUGUUACGGCGAUGCAGCAGCAGCAGCAACAACAACAACUUCAGCAGCAGCAGGCGGCGGUGGCUGCUGGACAACCUCAACAACAAAUGCAGACUGUUGUAGGCCAACAACAAAUUGUACAGCAAAUUGGUCAAAGUCCCAAUCAAAUGAUGAAACAACAACAGGCGCCACCUCCAAUGUAUGGCCAGCAAAGGACGCUGGCACAGCAACAGCAACAACAACAAACUAUUGUGCAUCAACAACAAGUUCUUGAUUUAGAGGGGAAUGUCUUGCAAUCGCCACAACAGCAGCAGCAGCAGCAACAAAGAAUACUUUUGCAGCAACAUCAAGUGGCGCCCAAUGCUUCACCACAGCAGCAGCAAUCUCCCCAUCCCCAGCAGCCGCAACAGCAACAAAUUGUCAUUAACCAACAAAUUAUCAAUAAUCCUCAACGAUUGCAAUAUUUACAACAACAGCAACAACAAUUGCAAUUCCAACAAAAGUCUCAAUUACAGCAGCAGCAGCAGCAAACGACUGGUAUUGUUGUGGGCCAACAGGGCACACAGCCACAAAUUGUACAACAACAAAUUCUGCAACAAAGCCCCCAACAUCCAGGCCAACAACAACAGCAACAAAUUAUUAUACAACAAACGAUACCCCAGCAACAUAUUGUGGCUGGGAGCCAAACGAUUCUACAAAAUCCCCAACAGCAGCAGCAGCAACAGAUUUUGGUGCAACAGCAGAAACAACAACAAAUGCAAAUUCAACAGCAGCAGAUACUGGAUCCCCAACAACAGCAACUGUCGCAGUCACCACAACAUCAGCAGCAGCAGCAGAUUAUUUUACAGCAACAACCUCUACAACAAACAACGCUUAUCCAACAGCAGCAACAACCUCAACAACAGGGUCAGAGAAUGCCGCAACAAACACCGCCUCCACAAUCACCACAACAGCAGCAACAACAACAACAAAUACUUAUACAACAGGCCAGUUCGCCACAACAUCAACAGGCACAACAGCAACCCCAUUGGUCACCCCAAAGUCCUGCCCAGCAGCAGCAGCAACAGCAACAACCAGGCACCCCCGGUUCCACUGGUGGUGGGCUACAAUCUCCCCUACAGGGCCAACAGCCACAAAUCCAACAGAUUAUACCCCAACAACAACAACAACAGCCACCACCACAACAACAACAAUUCAUUCGAUCCAUACGACCCUCAGCUGCCGGACAAUGGCAACAACAAUCGGCUGCCAUACUUCCGCCCGGUGCCCAGCCCCAACGCCAACUAAUCCAUCUCGACGACAAAACCCAUGCCCACUUCAUGUCCCUGGAUCCCAUCAAGAAGGCCGAAUAUAUUUCCAAACUACAACAAAGUAAGCAGCGGGUUAUGCUAAGGCAACAGGUGGCCUAUCAACCACGUCCGGGUGCCCCCAAUGUUGUGGCCAGUGCUUUGGGCACACCGCCCAGGCCAGUGGCUCCCACCACCCAGCACAUUAUUGUGCAAUCUCAAAUGCCGGCUGGCCUGACACAACAACAACAAAUGCAAUGGUUGCAGCAGCAACAACGUCAGGUGGUGGUAAGAACGGGAAGGGCACCGGGUCUAACGCCCAUUGGACAGCAGCAGCAGCAACAGAUAGUCACGGCCGGCGGAGGUGUGGGAGUGGCUGGGACGGCCGUUAAUAUAAGCCAACAACAAUUGCAACAGCAGCAACAACAACAACAGCAAAUGUUUAAUCCCAACGAUCCCAAUCAACAGAUACUAUUGCAACGACAGCAAUUGCGUGUUCAAUUGCAGCAACAGCAACAAGCAGCCGCAGCGGCGGCUCAACAACAGGCUGUCCAACAGCAGCAGCAAAUUGUUGGCCAAAAACCAGGCCACCAAACUGUUCAAGUCAUCACCGGUCCCGGUGGCCAGGUAAUUGAACAGCAAACCAUUAUCCAACAACCGCAACAGCAACAACAGACUGUUGUAACCAAUCAAAUGGUUGCAGGCCAAACCAUGCAGGGUGGUCAAGCUCAACUGCAAGGCGGCUCCGGCGGCAAUGUAAUUACUACUUUGGCACCCCAAACCGUGGUUAUGUCGUCAAAUCAGGCCAUGACGCCCGGUGUCGGUGGUGGUGGUGGUGAGGGACAAAUGCAACAACAGCAGCAGCAGCAGCAACAACAUCUCAAUAUGAUACAGACUCAGCAGCAACAAAUGAAUUUGAAUACCAAAACGGCCCUGGCAAAAAUGUUAAACAAUCGUGUGCAACAGCAACAACAGCAGCAGCCGCAACAACAACAACAAAUGCAGCAACAAGGUAUGGUGCAAAUGGUGCAAGAUCCCACGGGUCAGUUGCAGACCCAGCAGCAGCAACAACAACAAGUAUUGGCUGUCCAACAGCAGCAGCAGCAGCAACAGCUUCAACAACAACAGCAUCCCCAAUUACAACAGCAACAACCUCAAAUUAUACAACAAACCCAAGUUGUUGUGGCUGGACCACAACAACAACAACAGUCUCUGCAACAACAGCAACAAAUUAUAAUGAAUCAACAACAACAACAGCAGCAGCAUCUUAAUCCUGCUGUCGUCCAAACAGCCGUCACUGGUCCUGGUGUCAUUGCUGCUGCUGGCCAGCAAACAAUGGAAGCCAGUGCUGCCGUCACAUUGCGUUUGAUGACCCAACAACACAAUGCCAACAUGCAACAGCAACCCCCACAUCAUGUCCCACCUUCUCAUCCCAACACCCCAACGGCUGUAACCCCUGGCGGCGGUGGUGGUUCAGUCAUUCCCAAUCAAAUAAUUACCCAACAAGUUGGUGGUGUUACUGCUGCUGGUGGUGUUGUGGGAGUAGUGCGCAGCCAGCAGGAAUUACUGCUCCUACAACAACAGCAGCAGCAGCAACAACAACAACAACAACAACAACAGCACCCGGUGCAACAGCAACAAAUGCGCCGACCCAUUUUACAAAGUCAAAUGUCAGCGACGGCCGGUGUUGCCACCGGUCCAGUAGCUGCCAAUACAAUUCUGGCCGCUGGUGUACCAGGACAACCGCAGCAACAACAAAUUGUACAACAACAACUGAUUGUAACAGCUGGCGGUGGUGGUGCAGUCCAGCAGCAGGUUGUUGCAGCUCCUGGACAACUGCAUGGUGGCCAUCAUGGUCAUGGCCCACCCGGCAUAAUGACCCCAGCCGGUUACAUACAACAGGGUCGUGUCACCCAAAUUCCCAUACCCCAAAGGCCACAAUACUAUGGCCAUAAUCCCAAUCUAAAAUUACCCCCCGAUCUGUUUUUGGUCGGCUGUACAUUUUACAUUGUCGAGGAGUACGAGGAGACGGAUGGUGAUGAGCUGCCCAUUUGGAUGGAAACCAUACGACAAUUUGGUGGCGACAUUGAAAAAGUCUAUUGCCCUCGUGUUACCCACGUUCUGUGUCGCACACAACGUCAUGGUGUGGUCAUGCAAGCUCUGCGAGAAUCGAAACGUUGCAUCACCGCCUAUUGGCUUAGUGACAUUUGUCUAAAGAAACAGCUACUGCCGCCGUGGCAACCCCUACACUUACCCUUCCCCAGUCAAUUUGGUCACCAAAAACCCCUGGAGCGACACAUCAUUGCCUCGAAUGGCUAUGAACCGAAAGAGGAACAUCGCAUCAAACAAAUGGUCCAGGAAUGUGGUGCCAUCUACACAUCAUAUCUGUCCAAGAUGAACACGGUGCUGGUGUGUAAAAAAUUCGAGGGUGAAAUGUAUAAUGCUGCCAAAGAAUGGAAUAUACCCAUGGUCAAUUCGAUGUGGUUAAACGACAUCGCCAUAGGCAAUCUAAGUUCAAUGUCUCAAUAUGACAAUCCGAAAUACCAACAGUAUAAUAUCCAGCCACCAUUCCGUAUUGAUUAUGGUUUGGUGCCGCAUCUUAUGGCUGCUUGGAAAGCACCCAUUAACCUAACCCAAGAAGCUCACGAGCGGGUUAAACGCUUUUUAGCCGAUCCAUUCUAUGAAAAGGCAAAGCGACAAAAAAUAUCACCAUAUCAAGAAGAAAUACCUGAAACCAUACUCUGUGUUGAAUAUCCCCAGACGGCCAAGCCGCCCAAGGUAUUGUUCUCACAGGUGGCCGAUCCGGAUUCGCUGAAAAAGGCUGUAGUAUCCCUUGGCGGCAUUGUUGUUGACAAUCCUGUGGAUGCCACAUAUUUAGUAAUGACACGCGAAAGUCGUACCUGUAAACUUAUACAAGCUGUCUGCCAUGUCGAUUAUGUCCUCAAGUCACAAUGGUUGGUGGAAAGUGCCAAGGCUGGGAAAUUUCUACCGCCCGAACCAUAUCGCAUCGAAUACAUACCCGUCGAUGAGAAUCUAAAAUUCCAUUUGGACACAGUUCUUCAGUCGACAACACGUUCCACUCUCUUUGCCGGGCGAUAUUUCUUUGUGACACCUGACGUUUUUCCUGCCCGUUCGGAAAUUGUACGCAUGAUUGAAUCAUCUGGCGGUAAAGUGGAGGAAAAACGACGCACCGCCCAGGCCAUUGCGGAAAUACAUGCCCAAUCACCGAAUGCCUAUAUUAUUGUGACAUGUCCCAAUGAUAUGCAUUUGUGUGUGGAUUUGACACGUUUCGGUAAUCCCAAGUGUCCGAUUGUCUCAACGGAAUUCGUUAUGAGUUCAAUACUCAAACAGACACUGGAAAUUGAACCAAAUAUCAUACCAUAUUUGUAUAAUAAUAAUAUUUAUUCGGGUAUUAGCAGUAGUGGUGUUACGAAAACAUCUAAAUAGCCUUUGUUGAAAGGUGGUGGAGCGGGAGGCGGGGCAGGGGGAGGAGUUAUGGGAGUAGGCUGUGGGCCUUUGUUAUUACCCAAUGAUGUACAGGUGUAUGAUGAUCUGCAUAGAUAUAUGGAUUUAAUGGACACCUUAUUGGACGAUGGCUCGGAAUCAUUGUUUUGAGGAGGUAAACAUCGGUUUUGAAUGGGAAAAAGUGAGGUCUUUUGAAAAAAAAGUGAGUUCUCUUGAAAAAGAAGUCAAUUUUACUACCCUAAAAAUGAGAGAAUGUGAAAAGGCUGCUUUUCCUUUUUUUGGGAAAAGAAUACGAAUUUGGCAUUUCAAUUUAAUGGAUACCGUAUUGGAUGAUGGCUAGGGUAAUUGUUUUGAAGGGAUGGGGAAAAAGUGAGGUCUCUCAAUUUUUUUUUAAUUUUCCUAACCUAAAAAUGAGAAAAUAUGGCUUAACCCUAGUUUAGUAAAAACUUUAAUUUUUUUUUAAAUUUCUCUUCCAACGUUAGGUAUUUUUACCCUGAUCAAGAAAACAAUUUUUUGUUCUUGAGGGAAGGACCUGGGACCCCAUAUUUUUGACCCAAAAGUCCGGGUUUCUGAACCCGAUUAGACCCGGAUCCACGUACCCGAUAUAGACAACAUAAUUUUAAUUAACUGGUUAGAAUCGGGUUAUGCGGGUUAAAAGGCCCAUAUCUCUGGACCCAAAAAAACUAUAAGCACAAAUUUUAGCAUUUUGUAAAGGUAAGAGUGUCAGCAAUAAUUUGGCAUCUAUUUGGUUGACCCCCAUAAUGGGUUUUUAUAAAAAAAAUUCGGGUCCAAACAAUCAAUAAUUUGACUAUAACUUCCGAACCGCUUAAAAAUUACCCCAUCUUGUGAUCAGUUGUUGGAUAGGUAUUUCUUUCUUUGUCUAUAUAGGGUAAG